AUGCUUCACCCGAAACCCAUUUGGUUUUGAUCUAGGUUGCUGCGAUUACUUUCUUUUUCAUCGUGUUUGCUAGUUUGCUCUUUCAUCUUUUAAUUAUCAAGUUAUAAAUGAAUAUUCAUUUUGCCUGAACUAAUCUAAGACAUGGAGAACUACAAGCUUCAACAAAGACUUGGGAAAGGAGCCCAAGGUUCAGUGUUUUUAGUUGAUAACAAGUCUGAUGGAAAAAAGUAUGUUCUCAAGAAGGUUGAAUGCAGUGAUGAGAAUGAAGCUAACAAAGCAUUUAAAGAGGCCAUGGCUUUGCAAGAAUUACAACAUCCAUACAUUUGUGGUUACAAAGAAUUUUUUGUGACGUGGGACAAAGACGAAUCAGCCAUGUUUGUUUGUAUUGUUAUGGAAUAUUAUAAGAUGGGAGACUUAGAUAAAGCCUUAAAGCAAAAAAGGGCAAAAAGUACUGCUAUUGAAGAAUUGAUUUUAAAGAAAUGGUUUGGCCAAAUGUUAGAAGCAAUUGUUUUCGUUCAUAAUAAACAAGUAAUACACAGAGACCUCAAACCCAGUAAUAUAUUCAUGACUGAAGAUUUAAAUAUUUCUAUUGGUGAUUUUGGUGUAUCUACGAUCAUGGGUGACGCUCGUACAAAAACAAGAACAACAGUCGGUAGCAUGAAUUGGAUGGCUCCAGAAGUUUUAGAAAGACCUUAUGAUGAAAGAUCAGAUGUAUGGAGUUUAGGAUGUAUAUUACUAGAAAUGGCUACUUGUGGAUUUUUAGAUGCUUCCCAAAUAUCAUCGAUUUUAUUUCAAAUAAAAUCAUCACCUCAAGUUUUAGAAGAAGCUCUAGAACAAGUAGGCAAGACUUAUUCAAAAGAUUUGUGUCAAAUUAUUAGAACAAUGCUUCGAAGAAAUUUCCAGCAAAGAGUAACAGCACUAGAGCUGUUGGAGCUCCCUUAUGUUAAAGAAUGUCUUGCAAUUAGUGGAUCAAAAUUAGUUGAAAAUGACGAAACUGUCAAAAAUGUAAAAGGGAAAAAAGGGAAAAAAGUGGCCAAGCCUGUACCGAAAGAGAAAGGAGUAGAAGCUGUGAUUGCUUACAUGAAAGACAAUGAAUCCAACUCCACAUGUCAAACUAAUGCUUUGAAAGCUUUGAAUGAGUUGGUGAAGAAAGGGAAAGAUGUGAGUAAUGGUGCAAAGAAAUUGAUAGCUUCCAUCAUGAGGAAACAUAUAGCGAAAGAAGAAGUCCAAACAGCUGGUUGUAGAUUACUGGCAACGUUGGCUGCACAAGCUGAAGAAGAAGACGAUGUUCUAUAUACUCGUCAACUGAUAUCGCCUGUUGCUUUGGCAAUGAAGUCUCAUUCAAGUUCUGUAAAACUUCAAGCUGCAGCAACCCAAUUACUGAUGGCAUUAUCUGCCGAUGAAACAGCUGCGAAGGAGAUUGGAAAACUAGGAGGAGUGCAGGAUACGCUAGCUGCGAUGAGAGCGUUUCCUGACAAUGUAGAGAUUGCAACUAACUGCUGUGGCGCGUUAUGGAGCUUAGCUAUUGAUGAAUUGAAUGCAAAGAUAGUUUGCGAGGAGCGUGGCUUGCAAGAUAUUUGUCGCGCAAUGGAAAAUCAUGAUGAGGUUUCAGAUCUUAUUGAAGCCGGUUGCUCAGCAAUUUGGUCACUUUCUAUGGAGGAUGAUAACAUUGAAAUGAUGUCAGAUGUUGGUGCAGUCAAACUGUUAUUGCAAGCACUUAAAACUCACAAAAAGGAAGCUAAAGUUGUGAAGAAUGCAUGUAUGGCUUUAGCAAGUAUUGUCGAAGCUGAUGAAUCGAGUGCCUACGAAGUUCUGCAUAAUGAAGGAGACACCCCUGGUGCUGUUAUUCUUAUCUCUGCUUACAAACUUCACAAAGACAAUGAAGAAGUUGUUGAAAACUUUGCAUGUUGUGUCGCUGAACUAGCUGAGUAUGAGGAUGUCAGGACAGAAUUAAAAGGAAAAAACGUUCACGAAUUACUAGCUGAUAUCAAGCUCAAGUUUGCAUCUAAUGGUGAUGUUAUCUCGCAAAUCAACAAUGCUUUAGUCUCACUUGGAGAAGCUAAAGAAGGGAUGGUACGAAACGGUACAGCGCGAUCUCGCCCGAGAAGCGCAGCGAAGAAAUAAACUCAUUGCUCGUUAUAUUAUGAAUGUUAUUAACUCAUUAAUUUUCAAUCUAGAGUAACUUUUUUUAAUUAUGUUUAAGUCAAUGACGUAAUGCAUAGGAAGCGUCCAUAUUAGUGCAAAAAUUUGAAUAAGCGCACUGGCGCUUAACCGAUGCAUCACGUUAUGCAUUUCUGUUGGAGUGUUGUCCCGUGAAUUACGCGAAAAGGUAUGAGAUUGUAGUAUGUUUUAUCGAUACUAUAUUCCUUCAUCCGAAACGCAUGUUUAUAUAGGAAAAAAAUGAAUCCAGCUUGGAUACAUAUUAAUUUUGCGGAAUUAACUUUUGCGGUUUUCGCGCCACCAACAAUGAAUUUUGCGAAAUUUUUCCAGCUCCGCUAAUGAACGCUUUGUUUGUUAAAUUUUUUCAAUGGAUUUCACUGUUCUCCAACCUCGUUCCUAAGAUCCCUUGCCUUUGUUACAUUAGAGCUGUAAGAAAGGCAAAGGAUCCUGAGAACAAGGUUGACUAUUCUCCUAAUCCUAAUUUUGCUCUGCUUUUGAAAAAAAUUGCAGAGUUUUAUGGUUUAAGAGGAAAUCCGCGAAAAAUUAACGCUAUACUAAUUAAGGUAUUUACUUGUGGUAAUCUGAUUUAUAUUUUUUGAGAAAAAAAAAUUGAGUGUAAAUACGGUUUAAUAUAUAUUAAUGUGAAGAUGUAUUUUUCUAGAUUUUAAUGAUAAUAUAUAAUGUAA